AUGGUCGAGUAUUCCACCCGCAAAAUUGGUACUGACGAUGUCUCCGCCAUCGGCUUUGGUGCCAUGGGCAUAUCAGCAUACUACGGUCAGACUGAACCAGAUGAAGAGCGCUUCAAGGUCUUAGAUAAAGCGUACGAACUUGGCUGCACCUUCUGGGACACUGCCAAUGUCUACGGGGACAGUGAAGAGCUCAUUGGCAAAUGGUACCUGAACCCCGAGAAGCGAAGCAAAAUUUUCCUUGCCACGAAAUUCGGUGCUGUCACCGAUGGAUCUGGUCGAGGGGUCGACGGAUCCCCCAAAAAUGUCCACGAGUCGUUUGCAAAAUCACAGAAGUUGCUUGGUGUUGACCAGGUCCAGCUUUACUACUUGCACAGACCUGAUCCCGAAACACCAAUCGAAGAAACUGUGGGCGCUAUGGCAGAGCUUGUCAAGCAGGGGAAAGUAAAGUAUCUCGGGCUGUCAGAAUGCACUGCAGCCACCCUGCGCCGCGCUCACAAAGUUCACCCUAUCGCCGCUGUCCAAGUGGAAUAUUCACCUUUCACACUUGACAUCGAGGACCCAAAACUUGACAUCCUAAACACGGCUCGUGAGAUUGGAAUCAAAAUUGUUGCCUAUUCGCCUCUUGGGCGUGGUUUGAUCACGGGACAGUAUAAAUCUCCAGACGACUUCGAAGCUGAUGAUUUCAGGCGGAUGGUUCCCAGAUACUCGAAGGAGAACUUCCCGAACAUAUUGAAGCUGGCAGAUAACCUGAAGAGAAUAGGCGAGCAAUACAACGCAACUGCUGGUCAAGUGGCUUUGGCGUGGCUUCUUGCUCAAGGUGACGACGUCAUCCCCAUUCCCGGUACAAAGAAGAUCAAGUAUCUCGGGGAGAACCUUGGUGCCAUCAAGGUUUCGUUGAGUCCCGAAUCAGUCCAGGAAGUGCGUAUGAUUGCAGAGAAGGCGGAUUGGGUGGUUGGGGAACGCUACCCUCCAGCAUUUAUGAAGUCACUAUAUGCAGAGACGCCACUUCCGAAGAGCACAUGA